GUUUAUCAUAAUGAUAGUCCCAAUGGGUGUUUUACGCAAUGAGGCAGUAAGUGGGUGACUUUUUUGUAUCGCACCGCAGUGAAAUAAACAUCUCGCAUACUAAGGAUAUGUGUGUUAAGUGGAGUGUGAAGUGGAGCAUUCGCUCCUGGGGAUCGGCAGGGGAAAGUCGUCUGAAACCAACAUCACUUUAUAUAUGGUAACCAGGAGCAUUAACAGGGACACUACAGAUGGCGCUCAAAAGACAACCCGUGGAUGGUGGCUACGCAUGGGUAAUCCUACUAGCGUGUGCACUCCUGUACAUGACAUUGGUUGGCACAUGUAAAGCUUUUGGAAUCCUCUACAAUGAAUUUCUGAAGAAGUAUGACGCGGGAGCGGGGAACACUGCCUGGAUAAGCAGCCUCAUGUUCUUCCUCAGCUUCGCUCUAGGACCUCUUGCCAACUACCUCGUUGGGGUGUUUUCUUUCCGGUCCGUCGUUAUGUUUGGCGGUCUGCUGGUAUCCACAGGUUACUUCAUAAGCGCCUUUGUAACACGGAUGGAGUGGAUGUUUCUCACGAUAGGAGUGGUAUGUGGAUUUGGCAGUGGCCUUGCUUUUGCGCCUUGUGGAACGAUAGUGAGUUUCUAUUUUGUGAAGAGGCGAGCUCUGGCUAACGGGAUUAUGGUAUCAGGUAGUGGCCUCAGUAGCUUUAUAUUUCCAUACUUAUACCGGUACGUCAUUGAUCAGUUCAGUGUCACUGGUGCAAUGAUUAUAAUAAGUGGGUUGGUACUCCACAUGUGUGUCGCAGGCGCCCUCUUACGUCAGCCUCAGGAACUGUCAGUUUGUUCAGAGGAUCGGAAGCCUCACCAACAGACCAGUACAUCAAACAUUUGUUGUGUGUAUCUGAAAUUACUCAAAAACACACGUUUAACAGUGUUUAUUGCAGUUUUCACUAUAAAUAUAAUGGCAUAUGCUGCCAAUUUUACUGCCUUUCCAGCGCAUAUGCAGUCUCUUGGAUUUGAGGAAAGUCAGAUAGCAGUGGCAUUUUCUAUGAUUGGAGCAGCUGAAAUAUUCACCAGGGCACUGAUUGGGUGGUUUGCUGACAAGAAGUACGUUUCGAACACCGUUAUAAUGGUAUUUGCGGCUGUGAUAAGUGGGACAGCUGCCAUUUUACUGCCCUUGUUCAAGACUUUUCCGGUUAUGGUUACCUACGGUUUGAUAGUGGGGAUAUUUCCGGGUGCAUUUUGGAGUCUGAUGGCAGUCGUCCUGUUAGAGUGUGUUCCUUUGGUGGAGCUCACGUCAGCGUUUGGCCUCCUCUACAUGUUCAUGUCCUCGGCAAUAGCACUCAGCCAGCCUGGAAUGGGUUGGAUUGAGGACGCGACAGGGACCUGGGAUUUGUCUUUCCGGAUUAUGGGGUCUUUCAACCUCCUAACAGCUUUGAUCUUAAUAUGUGAACCUUUCCUUAUGUCGUUAUCCCGUCAUGGCCAAGACGAGGAGGAGGACGCUGAACAGAAAGAUACAAAGAUUUUACAUGGUGAAAAACUUCAAAAAUCCCCUACAAUUCUACAUGAUCAUUACGAUUCACGUGAGCGUGCCAUAACCGUGCCAGUUAGUGACGUCAUUGAUUCAACAGCCAUGUCAAAUAUCACAUAUGAACGUCUGUCUCAAGAUAACACAAGGAAAGCAGAUGAACGGUUAGAACUCCUAGCUCCAAUAGCGACAUCAGACGAAUUCGUUAUAUAGCAAUAAAUGUGAUAUAAUUUUAUACAUUAUACAUGUUUACAUAUAUAAGUGUAGUUUUAAAUUUCAUAAUAAAGUUCUAAAAGAGAUUUAACUUACCAAAUUUACAUUAAUGAAAUAUAAAAAAAAAAAAAAAAAAGAUUGU